AUGGCUCCCGCAGAGGCAAUAGAGCUGCGGCCCACCGUCAAAGACGCCAGUCAGAUUGACGCGAACGAGUCAAAACAUGGAUCCGAAGUCUAUAAUCAGACGAGAACGCGGAAAGUGUUCUCAUUCUCUCAGCUCUUCGCCUUCUCCCUGACAUACAUGGCCUUGUGGGAAGGCAUGUGCACAAACAUGUACUUCGCACUCUACAACGGCGGGCCUCAAACAUUCAUCUUCAGUUUCGUCAUAGUGCUUUGCGGAGCCAUCGCACAAGCCGCGUCUUUGGGCGAGAUGGCUUCGAUUCAACCGGUCGCUGGUGCUCAGUACCACUGGACGUUCCACCUCGCCCCCGCACGUGUCAAGCGUUUUGCUACCUGGAUUCAGGGUUGGUCAACAUGGUUUGGCUACGUAUCGCUCCUUGCUGGAAUUGCAAACGUCACGAUUAUCCUCCUGGAGUCGAUGAUUGAGUUGAACCAUCCUGACUAUGUGCCUGGAGGCUGGCACACCUCAGUGCUUGUCAUCGCCAUGUGCGUCAUUCAGGGAUUGAUGAAUACGUACUGCUUCAGGGUCAUCCCGUGGGUUGAGCUUGUUGCUGGAGUCCUUCACGUCUGCUUGUUUGUCGUCUUUGUCGUUGUUUUGGCGGUGAUGGGAACUCGGCACUCGGGUAGCUUCUUCUUGGAGACCAACAUUGCGUCUGGUUGGACAGAUACCUUUAUUGCCUGGAACCUCGGCAUGUUGACUUGUGUUUGGAGUUUCACCGGCUUCGAUAGCGCCAUCCACAUGAGCGAAGAAACCCGAAAGGCCAAGUCAGCAGUGCCUCGUGCCAUGUUCUGGUCCAUCUUCAUGAACGGAUGCCUUGGCUUCGUCAUGGUCUGCGUCAUACUUGUCUCAAUGGGUUCGAUCGACGACGCCCUCAACUCAGCCAGCCCAAUUCUCACCAUUCUUCUCAGCAUCACUGGUUCCAAGGGCGCGACGACGGCCAUGAUCACCGGCCUCUUCGUCGUCUCCUUCAGCGUCAACUUGGCCAACAUCGCCUCCGUAUCUCGUCUUACUUGGGCUUGUUACGUCGCAUUCGGCGCCAUUACUUCUCUCUCAUCCUUGGCUCUCUACCUGAGCUAUGCGAUCGCAAUCAGCAGCAUGCUGUACGCUCGUCUAUCUUCCAAAGGAGGGAUCGAGCUUGGAGAGUGGAACCUCGGUCGGUUUGGGCUCUACAUCAACUCAUUCGCCUUGGUCUAUACCCUUUACGUCAUUGUCUUUCUGCCUUUCCCUUCCACGGUUCCUGUCACUGCAGAGAACAUGAACUAUUGUGGACCGGUAAUGGUCUUCGUCUUAUUGGUUGCAGUAGGUCUCUGGUUCAUCAAAGGCAAGAGAUGGACUGGGCCAAAUCUCACCAUUCUGGAUCUAGUCAUGGACAAAUCUUGA